UGCGUGUGCGAUUACCCGGAUGAGGCUGACCGCCAUCUUUACUCCAUUCUCUCUGUGUUGCCGGUUGGGCAGACCAGCUUUCGAGUCGACCCAGUUGGUUUCUAGGAACAGCUGACAGACGAGGCACGUUAACGUGUGUCCCCCCUCCCCUCCCGACAAAUUGAUUUGUCACUUUCGACUGUUCCCCACAAACCUGUCUUUUCGCAAUGGCAGAGCGAGAGGAUUUUGUUUACAAGGCAAAACUCGCUGAGCAGGCCGAGCGAUAUGACGAAAUGGUGUCGUCUAUGAAGAAUGUAGCGGGCAUGGAUGUGGAGCUCACAGUGGAGGAGAGGAACCUCCUGUCAGUGGCUUACAAAAAUGUGAUUGGUGCUAGGCGAGCUUCCUGGAGGAUAAUCAGCAGCAUUGAACAGAGAGAUGAGAGCAAGGGUGAAGAAGAAAAAUUGAAGAUGGUCCGGGAGUACAGGAAAACGGUUGAGGAUGAGCUUAAAUCAAUCUGUGGUGACAUUCUGGAGGCAUUGGAAAGGCACCUACUCCCCUCUGCUGUUGCUGGAGAGUCUAAAGUCUUCUACAACAAAAUGAAGGGUGACUACCACAGAUACCUGGCAGAGUUUGCCACAGGCAACAGCAGAAAGGAAGCAGCAGAACAAAGCCUGGUGGCCUACAAAACUGCUACUGAUCUUGCCACGGAAGCGCUGCCACCCACACACCCAAUUCGCCUUGGUCUCGCGCUCAACUUCUCAGUCUUCUAUUACGAGAUCCUCAACUCACCUGAUCGUGCUUGCAGGCUGGCAAAGGCUGCGUUUGAUGAUGCAAUUGCUGAACUGGAUACGCUGAAUGAAGAUAGCUACAAGGACUCCACACUUAUCAUGCAAUUAUUACGUGACAACCUGACACUAUGGACUUCAGACAUGCAGGGAGAAGAAGAACAGACCACGGAGGCACUGCAAGAUGUUGAGGAUGAAGCACAGACUUAAAGAAGACUUUGCCACUAGCAGCCAACAACUUGUGACCCCAUAAAAUCCACCCAACUCUACCAACUCGUCACACUCCUUCCUUGACCUCCUUGUUUGCCCUCGCUUUGCUAUUCCUCCUCUCUUUUCUUCCUCCUUUCUCUUCCGACUCUUCAGCCCCUGCUAUUCCAGGACCCACCUGGAUCCUGGACGUUGAUAAACUUUUUAUUAUUAUUAUUUUUAUAUAUAUUAGUCCUUACACAAUUGCAGAAGAUACCACUUCAUUCAGUCAGGAAAUAUAAUGUUAGAGAGACAAAGAGGAAGCCCCUGGGUUUUUUUUUUCCUGUUAUAAGCAGUUUUGAAAUGUAAUCUUUUUUUUUUUUUUUUCCCUCAAUAUUUUUAUCAGUUGCUGGAUGUAUUGAGAAUCUUUCUUAAUGUAAUUACAGAAAUUAACUUUUAUUACUGAAAAUGUUGACUAUUAGUUAAUGGGAGCGAUUUAUCUUUGUUUUUAGUGACUCAAUGUAACUUUAAUGGGCACUUUGGUGAACUGCAAGUGUCUUUUUUUUGUUAGUUUUUGAGAGGACGUUGGCAACAUUUGCGAUAUCCAAGUGGAGCAAAGAAGAGCUUUCCACCAUCGUUAAUUUUUUUUUUCCCUCUUCUGUUUUAUGUAAGGUGUCUAUGGACUGUACAUUGUGCUCAAUACUGUAACAGUGCACACACGCCUGAAGGUUGCAUUAUCACUUGCUGUCUAAAUUAGGGGUACAAAAAAGUAUCAAUAUGGCCCCACUCCUUCAUAGAUAUCCCCCAAAUAGUUGUUAGCGCUUGCAAGUGUUCUUUUAGGCAGCUUUCCCCAACUUUUUACCAAGGCUUCUUUUGGUUCUGAGCAUCUUGGUCUAGUUAUUUUGCUGCUUUUUUUUUGCUGCAUCAUGUGUAACUUGGAGCUGAUUUGUACUACUGGAUAUCUGACUGGAGCCACAGACAGGGAAUCUGUAUUCUAACUGAAACACAGCAUGGAAAUAACAUUAAACAAUCUAAAUUGAAAAAAAAA